AUGGAUGGGUUACAGCUGCGGCCAGCGCCCAGCAGCCGGAACCUGCUGAAGUUUGCUGCCAUGGAGGUGAAGUGGAUCCACCUCUUGGUCAUCUUCUUCUUCCUGCUGUCCCUGGCAAUGACAGGCUGCUUCCUCUGGCAGUACAGCCUGCCCAAGGUGGAGCCCACCCCCCCCGUGCUGGCAGUGCCCUCGGAAGCGGUGCAGAUGUGUCCUCGCUCCCCGGACCCGGUGCCCCUCGACCACCCAAUCCCCGUCCUGAAGGAUGCCCUGGAGAAGGUGGACCUGAUGCUGCGCCAGAGGAUCCACAGCUCUGCUCUCCCUGCCCUGUCUGCCAUCGCCAUCUACAACGACACCGUGCUCUGGACUGGCAACUUUGGGAAGAAGAAUGGCUCAGACCCCUCCUCAGUGGUGCCCAAUGAGUACACAAUUUACAGGAUUGCCAGUGUCUCCAAGAUCUUCCCCACCCUCAUGCUGUACAAGCUGUGGGAGGAAGGCAAAGUCACCUCUCUCGAUGACCCUUUGGAACGUUAUGCUCAGAAUUUUGUCAUCAAGAACCCUCUGGGGAGGCUGAAGGAAGCAGAGCAGAGGUACCCAGCUGAGGGGAUGAUGUUCCUGGAGAAAGGCUCCGUGCCCCUGAAGCUGUCGCCGGUCACCCUGCGCAGGAUGGCGAGCCAGCUCUCAGGUCUGCCCAGGAGGCUGCGAUCUACAACCUUGCUGUGGAAGGGCAGCACUCAGGAAGCUCUGGCUCUGCUAAAAGAUGAUGUCCUGGUUGCUGACCCAGGAACCAGAUGCCACUACAGCAAUCUGGCCUUCUCCCUGCUGGCACACGUGCUGGCUGACCAUGCAGCCGAGGGGCAGUACCAGCGCUGGGUGGCAGAGAACAUCCUGGACCGCCUGGGCAUGGAGGACACCGGCUUCGACCUCACCCCCCCCAUCCGUGCCCAGAUGGCUGUGGGCUUCUACAGCAGCCAGCAGCCAGCCCCCCUCUACGACCUGGGCUGGUACAGACCUUCUGGCCAGAUGUACUCCACAGCUGCUGACCUUGCUAAGCUGGCCAUGGUGCUGCUGGGCACCUACCACCGGCGCCUGCUGGAGCCUGACACGGUGAAGACAAUGCUGACCCCGCUGCUGAAGUGCUCCACUGAGUACUUUGCCAACAAGACUGGCACCCCCUGGGAGAUCAACGAGCAGCUGGGCUACGAUGUCAUCAGGAAGGAUGGGGACCUGGAUGGCUACUCAGCCACCUUCUCUCUUAUCCCCAGGCUCCGCCUCAGCUUCAUCGUGCUGAUGGCAGGGCCCAGGCCUCAGGGUGGAGAUAUUGUGACUCAGACCUACCAGCACCUCAUCCCUGCCAUGGAGACAGCCUUCAGAGAGGCAGAGAAAAGCUUGCUUCCUCCUCCCAGCCCCAGCCCCUACGUUGGCUACUACACCUACUCCAACCUGACCUUCUAUGAGAUCAGGGCUGGCCCCGGGGGGGUGCUGGGCAUGCAGCAGUUUGGACCUCACGUGGAGGAGCUGAUCCCCGAGAAGUUCCGGACCAUCAAGCUGCACCACCUGGAGGAGCGUGUCUUCCAAGUGGUCUUUGACAAGGAGUUCCCAUGUGUGCUGCACCUGGGCUCUGCCUCCAUCUCCCUGGAGACCCAGAAUGGGCAACUCUUCAACUUCUACCCCUUCGACCGCCAGGGUUUGUCUCCUGGCUUCGACGCCCCGGGGCUGAACACCUACGGCGUGCUGCGUGUGCCCCGCAGGCCAGUCUUCUACACGUAG